AUGCAGGGAGGACAUCUGAGACCGAGUAUAGAUCCCCAGAAGAAGUUUCCUGGGAAAAUGAGCCCUGAACACAUUGGUUUAGGUACAGUCAGUAGUGUAUCUUCAAGAAUUGUACAGGAGCACAUCUCUCCAGGACAUAUAGUUCAUAACCAUAACUCAUGUGGUUCAGGUAAAGAUCCCAUGAUUCAGGAAGAAGAAAAUAGUUUUAAAUGCAGUGAAUGCGGGAAAGUAUUUAAUAAAAAACACCUCCUUGCUGGACAUGAGAAAAUUCACUCUGGAGUAAAGCCCUAUGAAUGCACAGAAUGUGGGAAAACCUUUAUUAAGAGCACACAUCUCCUGCAACAUCACAUGAUCCACACUGGGGAGAGGCCAUAUGAGUGCAUGGAGUGUGGAAAGGCCUUCAACCGCAAGUCAUACCUUACCCAGCACCAGCGGAUUCACAGUGGAGAGAAGCCUUAUAAGUGCAGUGAAUGUGGAAAGGCCUUCACUCACCGAUCCAAUUUUGUUUUGCAUAAUAGGAGACACACUGGAGAAAAAUCCUUUGUGUGCACAGAGUGUGGACAAGUCUUUCGACAUAGGCCAGGUUUUCUUCGACACUAUGUUGUUCACAGUGGUGAGAAUCCCUAUGAGUGUUUGGAGUGUGGCAAGGUCUUCAAACAUAGGUCAUACCUCAUGUGGCACCAGCAGACUCACACAGGGGAGAAGCCCUAUGAGUGUAGUGAAUGUGGAAAAGUCUUUUUGGAGAGUGCAGCCCUGAUUCACCACUAUGUCAUCCAUACUGGGGAGAAGCCCUUUGAGUGCCUUGAGUGUGGGAAGGCCUUCAACCACAGGUCAUACCUCAAGAGGCACCAACGGAUUCACACUGGGGAGAAGCCCUUUGUGUGCAGUGAAUGUGGAAAGGCCUUCACUCACUGCUCUACUUUUAUCCUGCAUAAAAGGGCCCACACUGGAGAGAAACCUUUUGAGUGCAAAGAAUGUGGAAAAGCCUUUAGCAAUCGGAAAGACCUUAUUCGACACUUCAGCAUCCAUACUGGAGAGAAGCCCUAUGAGUGCGUGGAAUGUGGAAAGGCCUUCACCCGCAUGUCAGGCCUCACUAGGCACAAGCGUAUUCAUAGUGGAGAGAAGCCUUAUGAAUGUGUCGAGUGUGGGAAAUCUUUUUGCUGGAGCACAAACCUUAUUCGACAUGCCAUUAUCCACACUGGAGAGAAGCCCUAUAAGUGCAGUGAAUGUGGAAAGGCCUUCAGUCGCAGCUCAUCCCUCACUCAGCACCAAAGGAUGCAUACUGGGAGAAACCCUGUUAGUGUAACAGAUGUGGGAAGACCUUUUGCAAGUGGACAAACUUCAGUUACCCUUCGAGAACUCCUUUUAGGGAAAGAUUUUUUGAAUGUAACCACUGAAGCAAAUAUUUUGCCAGAGAAAACAUCUUCCUCUACAUCUGAUCAUGCAUACCAAAGAGAAACCCCAUAAGUGUCUUCACUAUGAGAAAACCUACUGUUGCAGAAUAUUAUUUGUCAUCCACAGAAUCAUUUUAGAAAUUGAUUCAGCCUGGAGCCUUAUUCUCCAUAUCUAAGAAUUCAUCCCAGAGAGAGAGACAGUGGUUAUUGUACAUGUAGCAAAACUUUCAGCUACAUCUUUCUCCUUAGUUUACAGUGCAAUGUUAUCUCAGGAAUUAUUUUUAAAAGGAGGAGACGUAGAAGAAAAAGUGCAGGCACAGGUCUUCUCAGACGUCUCUGCCAAGCCUAUGGCACUUUGUCAUAGAUUCCUUAGUAUAUCUGUGGCGAGGGAAGUGUUCAGUUUUAGAGUUAAAGGGCCUUG